UGCCGACUGGUCGGCAGUCUAUACACUUCCUUUUUUAUUGUGUUGGUUUUUUUCAAAUAUGAGGAAAUGUUAAAUAAUUAUAUGAAUUGAACAAGGAGAAAUAUCUGAAACAAAUAUAAUAUAUUUCAAUAAUGUGUUCUCUUAUCUCUAUGUUCAUUCUCUAGUAGAAAUGUUUCUCAUUCUCAGAUGAUUAAAUUAUAUUUCCAAAAAAUGUUGAUUCCAGUUUGAAAUUUGUGCAUAUCAAAUUGAAAACAUCUUGGAAAAUAUACAAUGGAAAACUCACCAAGUGAAGAAGACAUCACAGAGGAUGAUGAUAAAGACUUAUUCAUUCAUUUUCCUCCUCUAGUACAAAAAGCGAUAGAAAAGGUUUUGCCUAGCAAAGAUCCUUUGGAUGAACCUGAUUUCAACAGUAUAGACUAUAUCAAUUCUCUUUUCCCAACUGAGCAAUCCCUAUCCAACAUAGAUGAAGUUGUACUAAAGAUGGAGAAUAAAAUCAAUUUAAUUGAUAAUGAAAUCAGCACUGUUGUUAGAGGACAGAUAACUGCAAGUGAAGAUGGCAGGCAAGCAUUAGAGGAAGCCCAAAAACUCAUCAAACAUUUAUUCCUGCAUAUAACUGAUAUCAAAGAACGUGCAGAGAAAUCUGAAGAAAUGGUUAGGGAAAUAACAAGAGAUAUCAAACAGUUAGAUUGUGCUAAGAGAAACUUGACUCUUGCUAUCACAACUCUCAAUCAUCUGCAUAUGCUUGUAGGUGGGGUAGAUACUUUGAAAUCCCUCACACAAAAACAUUUGUAUGGAGAAAUAGCACUUCCACUACAAGCUAUUAGUGAAGUUAUGACCCAUUUUGAGAAUUAUUCUGAUAUACCACAAGUUAAGAAACUGAGUGAUCAAGUCAAAUCAAUUCAUGUUGAGCUUGCUGAGCAGAUUACACAUGACUUCAAGGAAGCAUUCACAGGUGAUGAUUAUAAUAAUAAACUAGUAUUGCAAACAACAUGUAAACCAGUUCUACCUAAUAAGCAGUUGGCUCAGGCAUGCUUGGUAGUAUCAAUUUUGGAUCCAAAAGUGAAACAGGAGUUAUUGAAAUGGUUUAUUGAUCUGCAGCUUCAAGAAUAUAGUCAUCUUUUUCAAGAAACUGAGGAUACUGCUUGGUUGGAUAAAAUAGAUAAACGGUACGCCUGGAUAAAAAGACAUCUACUGGAGUUUGAGGAUCGACUAGGAAAUAUGUUUCCGCAAAAUUGGGAAGUAUCUGAAAGAAUAGCUGUUCAGUUUUGUUAUAACACUCGGGAAGAGCUGUCUAAAAUAAUGGCCAAAAGGAAGAAUGAAAUAGAUGUUAAAUUAUUGCUAUAUGCUAUUCAGAAAACGACUGCAUUUGAGAAUCUCUUACUCAGGCGGUUUACUGGCAUCACUUUGAAUGAAUUCAAUGAAAAGUCUUUGGAUGACAAGAAUAACAAAACUAAUGAAAUUGACCUUCAAAGUGAGGACCAAGACAGUGAUCCAAGUUUGUCUCCAUUUUAUGGGUUAAUAGGUAAAUGCUUCAUUCCGCAUUUAGAAAUCUACAUCGAAAGCGUGGAUCGGAACUUGUCUGAUCUCAUUGAGAGAUUUGUUUUGGACCAGAAGCAAGCAAAGCCCACCGAGGCUACGGAAACCCAAGCCUCGAUUUUACCAAGCUGUCCGGACUUAUUCGUCUUUUACAAGAAGAGUAUGAUUCAAUGCAAUCAACUUGAUAGAGGGCAGACUAUGCUGAGCCUCACGAAAACCUUCCAGAAAUAUUUACAUGAAUAUUCGGAGAAACUGCUGCAGAAUAAUUUACCCAAACUCGAAUCUCAAACCCUGGGGACAUCUGUGCAAAACUUUACUAAAGAUCUACAGAAGAUGUCGACUUCUGGAUUGAUCCAUAAUUUUUCUUCACUUCUGAAAGAAGGUGAAUUAACAAGAUUUUCCAAAGACGAACAGGCUAAAAUUUGUUGCAUACUAACAACUGCUGAAUAUUGUUUGGAAACAACUCAACAAUUAUCUGACAAACUGAAAGAAAAAAUAGAUCCAACUUUAGCAGAUCAGAUAGAUUUAUCCAAAGAGCAAGACAAUUUUCAUAAGGUUAUAUCGAAUUGUAUACAAAUACUUGUUCAAGAUUUGGAAAAUGCCUGUGAGCCAGCUCUAACAGCUAUGGGCAAAAUCCAGUGGCAAAAUGUCGAUACAGUGGGAGACCAGAGUCCAUACAUCACUGCAAUCACCACCCACCUGAAAAACACAGUUCCAAUUAUCCGCGAAAACCUCUCGCAUUCCAGGAAAUAUUUCACUCAGUUCUGCAUCAAAUUCGCCAACAGCUUCAUCCCGAAGUUCAUCCAGAACAUCUUCAAAUGCAAACCGAUUAACACGGAAGGGGCCGAGCAACUGCUCCUGGACACACACAUGCUGAAGACCGUGUUGCUCAAUCUGCCUUCGAUUUCGUCGCAGAUCAAUCGACAAGCGCCGGCAGCCUAUUCCAAAGUUGUUACGAAGGGAAUGACGAGGGCAGAGAUGAUUCUCAAAGUUGUGAUGACUCCUCUAGAACCUCAGAAGAAUUUCGUGGAGCAGUACAAGAAGUUGUUGCCAGAUUCUCAGAUGGCAGAAUUUCAUAAGAUUUUGGAGAUGAAGAGUGUGAAGAGGCAGGAACAGACUAUUCUAGCAGAUUUAGUUAAAAGUUUUAAAUGAAAUAAGUAUAAAGAUUUUGAAUGGUGGAAUGUACUUCAAAAUUGAGUGAAUUUGUUUAAAGGGACAGUGUAAUAUAUUAUUUAUUGUUUUGACUUUUAUAAAUUAAUUUAUUUACUGGUUAUCACAGCACAGAUGAAUAUUUAGAGCACUGAAAAAUAAAAUGAAAACUGUGGACAAGUAACUAGUAUCUCAAAUAUAUUCCAUAUUUAUCAGACCUAUGUAUUUGUUUCCUUGUUUAAAGAAUUAAACAACUGAAUGUCAACUGUA